ACACACUUGGUGUGUUCGGCCUUUCGCCUCGCCGACAUCGAAAGCGGGUGCAAGUUGUAGGUGUUUUUGGCCCGUUCUUUGCUGAGAUGGACGCAUUAAAAGAGCAGGCCAUGAUAAAUCAGUUUGUGAUGGUUGCCGGGUGCGCCAGAGACCAAGCAAAACAACUUCUACAGGCCGCACAUUGGCAGUUCGAGACCGCUCUAAGUCUGUUUUUUCAAGAAGUCGCUAUUCCGUCCCAUAAUCAACACAAUCCGCUUGUAACACCAGCAAAUACGCCGGCUACACCCCCAAAUUUUCCUGAUGCUUUGGCAGCUUUCUCAAAACUUCAAGCCUCCGAUACAAGCCCCAAGACACAAACUCUAAACGCGAAUCAUCAACCAGUGAGAUGAUUUCCUACCGCAUUGUUGUUGUCAGUUUGCACUAUCCGUUUCUAUUUGUAUAAUUCCGCCGUAUCUUUCUUCAACGCAGCAUUACUGGUACCUUUUUUUGUAAUAAUACCUUAAAGGAACAAAAUUAGAAGAUAUACUACGUACAGUAAGCUACUAGCCAAGAUAUGAAGAAGGACGAGGGGAAAUGUGUGGUUAAAGCGCGUGGACAGUGCCAGUUACCCGGCGUUAUGUUGGAGAAAACUGUUUAAAUGGAAUUAUCUUGUUGAUGUUCAUAAGCAAAUCGGUGAGACUUUGGAGAGAGUCGUCUCCCAACUAAAAAUGCUGUGGUUCUUGAAGAACUUAGCGAAAGACUUAAACUUCGAAUCAUUUGGGAAUGUUGACAAUCGCCAUGUUGAUCAACGAAAGCGUAGUGGAAUAGUAUGGACUGGUCGCCUUGCGAAACUGGCGUGCAUUCUUUUAGGCAAUGUAUAAUUUAUGAGAUGUCGAAAGCGAAAUACUAAACUGUUAUUACAGCGAACUUACUUCGAUUUUCAAUUGAGUUUUGGAAAUUUGUGUUAUAAAUUUGACGAGGUUCUGAUUAAGAUCAAAUGUUAAGACUGAUAUUAAAAUCUUUGUGGGCAAUAUCGA